AUGCCCUUUAUCGAAGAAGAACCUACUACUACCAACUCCCAACCGGACAUAGUAGUAGCCAACACUGGUGUUAUACAGGGACGAAUCAAGGACGAGCCUUCCUUGUCUUCCACGCAGACCCCAGAUUCGGAACUCCAUAAACCUGCCUCGAUCACAACUCUCCCUUUUGAUAUUAUCGAAGAGAUCACUCUUCUAGCGACUGGAUACUACGACGACUGCGUCGAUCUACCUGAUACUCUGGAUACGCACGCCGACGUCCCCGCAAAAUUCGCACAAGUAUGUUCGAGGUGGCGAUCCGCAGUCUUCGCUUCCGCAAGGGCAUGGUCGACGGUUAUAAUCAAAGAUACUCGAACCCCUUAUUUUAGGCUGCGUAAACUCCAAGCCUCCAUUUCCCGCGCGAGAACUACACCGUUACGAGUUUAUAUCUCCCUCAAGCACGGCGCAUGUGUGAAAAUAUUCGAGGAAAUCAUGGAAUCGUUCAGCGAAAGUCGGUUGCUUGAUUUGGAGGUCCGUGUACCGGGGUAUUUGUUUAGCUGCCUUCGAGAACUACCGCCGCAAUCGACUGAGACAACCUUGAGACGAUUGUCUCUGUUGCAAUUGCCUUACGCUGACCGUAUUCCUAUCGAUGAUCUAGUAGGUGUUAUUAUUCCCUUCACCCCGUCAUUUAUCACUCGCGAUAUUUCAUCGCCGAUUAUUCUGAGAUCUGUCCCGGAGUUGCGGGAAUUGUCCCUUCGCGAUAUAGCUUAUCCGCGGUUUAUGUUGAAGAAGAUUAAAAGUACAUGCCUGACCACUUUGGCUCUCUCGUUUCCUGCUCAACUCACAGCAGACGAUCUCGAACCCCUCACACACCUUCCGAACCUGAACGAGCUUUCGGUUUCUCGAUCACACAAUCAGCAUUCACCUCGCACGAUGUCUAACAUCAAUUAUCUCGGUUCGGUCCGUCAUUCAGAGAGCCCGUGGCUCUCCACCGACAUACAGUUGCUUCAUCUCAAGAAAUUGCGAAUCGCCCAUGCUGGUGUGUUCAAUGUCAAGCAGAUCCACUACCCCGCACUCGAAAUCCUUGACUUUGACGAAGAACACACCUCUCAGGUUCCUGCAUUGAGUGACUUCGUCUAUCGGUCAAUGCUCAUGCAUUGUUUGGUCAGUUUAACUAUCCGAUCCUGUGUCUUCACAAAUCACCUCGGGAACGCGUUCCGUUUGAUGCCCGUUCUUUCGACGUUGAAAUUGUACGGAACAUCCGAAGUGGAUGCGUCGGAGCUUUCGCCUAUGCUGGAUCGUCUUUCGAUGUGUGUAUCGGGUCCUCCGGGAGGACCAAGACCAGCCCUCUUGCCUAUGUUGGAGAAUUUAGAAAUCCGGAUCGAGCUGUUGAAACCCGGCGGCGAGUGGUUUGCGCCGUUUGUGCGCAACGAACCUUCGUUGCAUCAAUUUGUGCACGCGAGGUGGGGUGUUGUCGCCCGGGAGGCUGAAGGAGUGGGGCGGUUGAAGUCGUUUCGUUUUCAGUGGAAGUUUUGUUGGUUGAAUGAGGUGACGAGGGUAUCGUCGCCGUAUACGCAGCGGUUUCAGGAAGUGCGGGAUGAAGGGAUGCGGUUGUCGUUUGAGGUGUUGAGGCCGAAGGUUAAUCCGGAGAGUGCAUCUCAACGUAUUCUAGAUGACGAGGAUGAUUAUGUGCUUUUCUCAUUUUGA